AUGAACAUCCUCGUCAAGGCCUGUAUCCAAGUACUCGAGGUACUUGCGAUGACCACGAAGUACUGCAAUUCGAGUACCAAGGGCCUUUUGGGGGGCGUCUCGCGGCGCACGAAGGACUACCUUCGCGAGUUUAUUGGAGGUAGUGAGGUCAAGACGGCGCUUGAGAAGUUACAGCACCUCACGAAUGCGGAGCUUCUGGCGGCUGUGGCGCACAACAACGCCAUCUCACGCGACAUUCAACCCAAGAUACACUUUGUCGCCAACGAAGCAGUUGUCUGGGGUAUUCGCCAGUGGCUGAAGCCGCCCAGCGAGCAACCGCUCAACUGGGAGAAGAAGCGGCAUCUUGACAGCUGCCAAUGGUUCUUCGACGAUACAUUCGAGAGCUGGAAGGUUCAAAGGAACAGGCGUAGUCUCAUCAUUCCCGAAGCCGGCGCUGGAAAAAGCGUCCUGUGUUCGUCGAUCAUCGAUACACUCAAGAAGGAUCCUACGCUCUCGUUGGUGUACUUCAAUUUCGACUUCAGUGAUACUACGAAGCAGGAUUGCCGCGCCCUGGCCGCUUCUUUGGUCUUCCAAUUGGCAACGUGCUCUGAGGCUUGUCAGAACUAUCUUCGACGCCAGCAGACAAGCACUGCUCCGACAUAUGAUGAGCUUCUCGUCAUGCUGUCGAACCUCGUGAAACUCGCGGGACACGUCUACAUCGUCAUUGACGCUCUUGAUGAGUGCCCCGAGCAGGAGCGGGACAGAGGCUCCGCUCGCUUUCUGCAACAUCUUUGCGAGCUUGACAGCGGCGAAAAGGACUUCCGCUUACUGGUUACCAGCCGACCUGAAGCUGACAUCUGGGUCCUCCUAUCAUCUGUCACGCAUAUACUGAGUCUGAGUGAUAGCGGGCAGCAUCAGAAAGACGUGAGCGCGUACAUAGCCUCUCAACUCGAUCGCAACGAGUACCGCUGGUCGCCCGAUGUCAAAGCGAAGGUACAUGAGGUCUUGAACGAGAGGUCCAACGGAAUGACUGUACAGUUCAUUCACUUCUCUGCCAAGGAGUACUUCACGUCUGCCGAACUCAAGGGCGCCACAACUCUUGCACAUCACUACGUCUUUGACGACUACUCUGCCAAUCUGACACUUACUAAGAUAUGUUUCUGGGCACUUGAAGUGGAUACCGCACCCCUGAACCUACGUAAAUAUGCGGAUGAAUAUUGGACCGGUCACAUAUCACCUCAGAAUGAAGACGAUCUCGACUAUCUUCUCGAUACUUUCCUUCGCAGUGGCUCCGCAUCUUUCACACGUUGGGCCGUCUCCAAAUCUAGAUGGGGAAAAGAUGAUACUGUCUUUCAUUGCGCGGCGAGGCUCAAUCUAUGCCAUCAUGUAGAGAAGAUGUUAGCGCAGUCGCUGAGCAAGGCACCUUCCCCUUUCAGCUUUCUCACCACCAUUCGCGCGCGGUACAGAAGGUCUGUACUGCAUGAUGCAGCGAUGGAAGGACACACCGAGAUGUGUCGCCUAUUGCUCAGCCACGACGGAGCCCUAGUCGAGGAUCUUGACGAGGACGGAGACACGCCCUUGCACAUGGCGGCACUGAAUGGACACAAGAAUGUCGUUCGCAUGUUGUUGGAACAGCCCGCAGCGAAUGGAGCGGAUCCCGCCGCUCGAUGCCGUGCACGUAACAAGCAUGGUCAGACGCUGUUGCACCGGGCUGCAUAUGGGGGGUAUGCUGACAUUUGUCGCCUGUUACUGGAUCACGGAGCCCUCGUCGACGACACCGACGAAGACGGAGACACUCCUGUCCAUAACGCCCAAGAGGAAGAAGCGUCGUCACUCAGGAUGGACAUGCAGUGGGACGCCGAGAAGGACCCCGAAGGACCGUGGCGCGCCAUCCUGGAUGAUUUCGCGUCUCAGCUCGAAGAUCCGGAAGAUGGCUCAGAGUCAGAGUCAGACUGA